AUGCCAGGCCUGCUCUCAACCUUCCUCCACCUCCUCCUUCUCUUGAAGUUGGCUGCCCCCGUGACCUUCCGCCACCGCCGUUACGACGACCUCGUGCGGACGCUGUACAAGGUGCACAACGAGUGCCCCUCUGUCACGCGGGUCUACACCAUCGGGCGCAGCGUGAAAGGGCGACACCUUUACGUCCUGGAAUUCAGCGACUACCCUGGAGUCCACGAGCCCUUGGAGCCGGAGUUCAAGUAUGUGGGGAACAUGCACGGCAACGAGGUGCUGGGCCGUGAGCUGCUGCUGCAGUUGUCAGAGUUUCUGUGCGAGGAAUUCCGCAACCACAACCCGCGCAUCAUGCAGCUGCUGGAGAGCACCCGCAUCCACAUCCUGCCGUCCAUGAACCCCGACGGCUACGAGGUGGCGGCCGAGCAGGGCCCAGAUAUUUCUGGCUAUCUAGUCGGCAGGAACAAUGCAAAUGGAGUAGACUUGAACCGAAACUUCCCCGACCUCAAUACCUACAUCUACUACAAUGAUAAGUAUGGAGGCCCCAAUCAUCACUUGCCGCUGCCAGACAACUGGAAGAGUCAGGUGGAGCCCGAGACCCAGGCCGUGAUCCAGUGGAUCCGCUCCUUCAACUUCGUCCUAUCGGCCAACCUCCACGGAGGAGCGGUGGUGGCCAAUUACCCCUAUGACAAGUCCCUGGAGCACCGGGUCCGGGGUUACCGCCGAACCGCCAACACCCCCACGCCCGAUGACAAGCUUUUCCAGAAGCUGGCCAAAGUUUACUCCUAUGCACACGGAUGGAUGUACCAGGGCUGGAACUGUGGAGAUUACUUCCCAGACGGCAUCACCAAUGGGGCUUCCUGGUAUUCUCUCAGCAGGGGAAUGCAAGACUUUAAUUAUCUCCACACCAACUGCUUUGAGAUCACACUGGAGCUGAGCUGCGACAAAUUUCCCCGCCAAGAAGAACUACAGCGCGAGUGGCUGGGUAAUCGGGAAGCCCUGAUCCAGUUCCUGGAACAGGUGCACCAGGGCAUCAAGGGAAUGGUGCUAGAUGAGAAUUAUAAUAACCUCCCAGGCGCCGUCAUUUCUGUCGAUGGGAUUAACCACGAUGUCACUUCAGGAGGCCACGGCGACUACUUCCGGCUGCUGCUUCCGGGCACUUACCGCGUCACUGCCAGGGCGCCCGGGUAUGACCCAGAGACUGUCAGUGUGAUCGUGGGGCCUGCGGAGCCCACACAGGUCAACUUCCAGCUCAAGAGAAGCAUCUCUCAAGCAAGUCCAACUCAGAGAGCUCCUGACAUGGUAUAUGGGGACAGAGUUCUACCAAAGAAGGCGCAGUCACAGGCAGCUAGGAAGAGAGACAAGGGUGCGAACUACUGGGAGGCUCUUUCAAGUCCGUGGAACCUGAUGCCUGAGUGUAGGGUAAAUGAAGUUGGCCAGGUUUUUGCACCGCUGGCCACUGUGGCUCCCACAGGCGGCCUUAAUGGUGCUGAUGCAGGAGGCGCUCUGGAGUGUGGCGCAGGCUGGUGCCUGCUGUGGACACCUGGAGCACGGGGACUGAUGUCCACCAGGCAUCGGUUUCUCGAAGUACUUAACCGUGACGAUGUCGUCAGUCGAGUAAAGGAAUAUUGA